GAAAAUAAAAGCAAUGUAAACAACCCAAGCAAAGUGGGGAUCUCCCGAACUUCCCAUUUCAGGGUCUCUGCCUCCGCCUCCGCGUGCGCCGUCGGCUUCGCCUUUCUAGGUUUCCGCCGCCGGUUAUGGAGACACCGGCGGGAGGUUCCGCCGAUCGCCGGGUAACCGGGUCUGGCGCCUCCGCCGGUGCUGCGGCUUCUGGCCUCAGCCGCUACGGUCUCAAUUUCUCCGCCUCCAGCCUUCUCCAGGCUCCGCUCGCCGCGCUCCUCGAGUACUCAGGCGUUGUCCCCUCCGGGCCCGUCCCGCAGACGGUGCAGCAGGCGGUACCCUCCUCUUCAUCGUCGUCUGAGGCUGACGGGCUACUUUCUGCCGCCGCUGCUGGGGAUGGAGAGGUCUCGAUUCGGAUCCAGGGUGGCCCCGGCGACCCUGACACGGCGAGCGCGACGGCCACAGGUGCCUCGCCGCAGGACUCGAUUGAGGUGGCCGCCUCCUCCAACUUUGACCCGGCCUCCGUGGCGGGAAGGGGAACCGGUGCUGAUGCGGAGGCAAGCAGCGGUGGCAGUGGCGGUGCUACGGUUUUUGAGAGAAGAAGAAAAACCACUAGCGAUUUACUAUUGGCGUAUACGAUUUUUGAGAGAAGAAGAAAAAUCGGUGGAAUCGAGCGUGCUCGCGAGAGGAAGCUACGAUCGUGCGGAUCUUUCGCUAACGAUCAGUCGACUGAUCGUUAG